CUACUGUUCCACAUACUAGAGACUACAUUGCAAAUAGUGCAUUAUUCAAGGGACUGAGCAUUAAACUAUUCUGACUCUGGCACUUUUAGGAAUAGCUGACUCUAAGGAAAACAAAGUUGAAGCAACCCUCUAUUUGGAAAUUAUAUUGAAACAUUUUCUGGCCACAGGCUUUGAGCCAAAGGAAUGGAAAGGACUUUAAUGAGAGACGUUUGCAUUUGAAGUCACCCAGUGGUGGUCACUGCAGACUCUAGUCCUGGCGGGAGGAGGUAGAGAUGUGUGUACUGGCCAGCUGGUGAGCGUACAGCUCCCAGGGAAAGAUCGGAGCCGACCUGGGCCUGGACCUUGGCCUCCCGUAAGUGUCAUGCGGAGCUACUUUAGUAACGGGGGCAUCUCAGUCUGUUUGUCGUUUAACAGAAUACCUGAAACCAGAUGACUUAUAAAGAGGUUCAUUUUGGCUCAUGGUUUGGAAGACUGGGAAAUCCAAGGCACAGCACCCAGGAUUUGCUUAGCUUCUGAGCCCCAGAAGGAAUCAGACCAUCUGCCACUCACCAUGAUGCUGACUGCUCACCUCUCCAGACCCCUGUCACAAUUCCCAGGAAGAACCCUGAGGGUCUGUGACAGAGAAAAUGGAACAAGACGCACACUGUUGUUUUUCUCUGCUUCCUGUACCCCGAUCAGCCGUCGAACUUAUGCCAGUGAGGUAAACCCGGCUGGCAGCAAAGCUGUCCUGGUCACAGGCUGCGACUCUGGGUUCGGGUUCUCCUUAGCCAAGCAUCUGCAUUCAAAAGGCUUCCUUGUGUUUGCUGGCUGCUUGCUGAAGGACAAAGGGGACGCUGGGGUCAAGGAGCUGGACAGCUUGAACAGUGAUCGACUGAGAACCGUCCAGCUCAAUGUGUGCAGCCACGAGCAGGUGGAGAAGGCGGUGGAGACAGUGCGCUCAAGCCUGAAGGACCCUGAGAAAGGGUUGUGGGGCCUGGUUAACAAUGCAGGCAUCUCGACUUUUGGGGAGGUGGAGUUCACCAGCAUGGAGACCUACAAGGAGGUGGCAGAAGUGAACCUCUGGGGUACCGUGCGGACAACAAAAUGUUUCCUCCCCCUGCUCCGAAGAGCCAAAGGCCGUGUGGUCAACAUCAGCAGCAUGCUGGGCCGCAUGGCCAACCCAGCCCGCUCCCCGUACUGCAUCACCAAGUUUGGGGUGGAGGCUUUCUCUGAUUGCCUGCGCUACGAGAUGCACCCCCUGGGGGUGAAGGUCAGUGUGGUGGAGCCAGGCAACUACAUUGCUGCCACCAGCCUCUAUAGCCCCGAGCGUAUCCAGGCCAUCGCCCAGAAGAUGUGGGAUGAGCUGCCCGAAGUCGUGCGCAAGGACUACGGCAGGGACUACUUUGAUGAGAAGAUCGCCAAGAUGGAGACCUACUGCAACAGCGGCUCCACAGACACGUCCCCCGUCAUCGAUGCCGUCACACAUGCCCUGACCACCACCACCCCCUACACCCGCUACCACCCCAUGGACUACUACUGGUGGCUGCGCAUGCAGAUCAUGACCCACUUGCCUGGAGCUGUCUCCGACAUGAUCUACAUACACUGAAGAGCUUGGCUGUGACCUGUGAGGGAGCCCCAUGGGACGGAGGAGGUGGGGUGGGUGGAGCACAUACACUUCCUCCUCUUAGGAAGACUCACUGUAGCAUUAACCAGCCUGACUUGUUCAUGUGGUGAGUGACUUGAGUCUUCACAAAACAAGGUCCAGGCGAGGUUCCCCAGACCUUGGGGUGAACAUGGCGCAUCUGUCUGGAUUCGAUUUUGUAUGAAAAUUUUGGGAAACAUCUUUAUAUUAAAAACAGAUUUAUUGUAGAA